AUGGAAUGCGACAGUAUGCACUCCGUCAUAGAAUGGGCAAUAAAAAAUAAGAAGAUAAAUAUCCCAGCCGAUUACGUCUACAUAGCCAAAACUGCUUGCAAGAAAAAUCCUUAUGACGUGCAAUAUCUUUAUCACCACUUCUUCAAAGAUGUUGAAAAUACUUUGAAAUUCCACAAGUCAAUCAGACCGGGUAAAAGAGCAGGUGACCCUACAGUCACAAACCUAAGGGCUCUUAAAUACACUCCUGAUGGGAAAAUUGUAUACAAGUUGAGACACUCGGCUACACAUUGGCAAGAACUUCCUACAAGAAUAAAAAAUAUUACAUUCAUUCCAUGGGAUACUAUCCCACAGCUUUAUCCAGCGAGACUUAAAAUUAAAAAGGAGAAAUACCAGGAUCUCCAGGCCCUCAAGCACACUAUGGAGAAAGAUUACCACAAUUUUUAUGACAAUUUACCUCAUUUUUAA